AGAGAACAGGAAGAGGAUAAGAAUUUCAAUUGAAAAUCGUAUUCCACAGUGCAUCGUUUCUGAUUGGUUCAAAUUCUUAUUUCCUGUGUUCCCCGUUCCUUCACAGUUCCUUUGAUUGUGUAGAGCUCCCGAGCGAGUUUAUUCCGCAUAGUAUAUCAAAGAAUGCAUUCUGUUUCACGUAUAAUCCUCAUGAUGUAUUAUUUUAUCCUUGUUGUUCACACAGAAUAUUACCCUGCAAACGCAAUAGAGCAGUAAGCUUUAAGGGGAUCCUAAAGUGAAUCCCAGGUAGCAAGCUAUGUCAUUUUGUCGUUAUUUUGUCGUUAGCUUGCUACUAGGGAUUUGUUUUUAUCACAUUUUUCCAACUGUCUUUACAGAUUAAAAAAUCUUUUUCCAUAAUUAAAGUAUAAACGAUAAUGUAGUUUAAACCGGUCAACUUUAUGCCAAAAACGAAAAAAGGUGGAAAAUUAUAAUUUUUGUUACUGACUUUUAACAUCGACUCGUAAUGUUUGAUUUACAUACGAGUUUUAUAUUUCGUAAAUAUAAAUUAUAAAAUAAUCUUGGUUUGGACUAGAGAUUACAUAAACAAUCAAUGUUGAGAGUUACUUAGAAUUAGAUUUAGAUGCUUAAUACGAAAGAUUAGUUAGUUAGAAAAUUUGUACGUAUGUAUGAGUGCGAUAUUGAUGUAAUAAUAUAUAAAGAUAUGUCGAUGUGUUGCAUUUUAUCGGUAAAACAAUGAUUUCAUCAGAAUUCGGACUUCACUUUAGGAUUCCCUUAAAUCUCAAGGAAAUUGGCCGAUUAUAGCUGAUUAUUCUUCUUAUAUUCGACUGAUCAAUUUCGAUUGAUCAAUUUCUUAAGGCUUAAGGCUUACUCUAUUAUGUUUGCGGAAUAAAGAGGGAUGAAAUGGUACAUUAAGCAGCAUCUACAAUGGGAUUUUAAGAUGUGAAACUUAAGCGUAAGUCUUUUAAGCUGUAAAAAGUUGACUAAUCAUAGUCGUUUAUUCUCCUCACACACGAUUAUAAUUGGUAAAUUUCUUACUGUUUAAAAUUUACGCUUAAAAUCUCAUUAUGGAGAAUAUUCACUGUACUAUAUGUGUGAAACACAACGCAAGUGGAUGGACUGUGCCAUUAAAUAUCAGAUUACCGACUCUGCAAGGUUUGAAAACAUAACUCGAAUACCUUCGAAUAUCAUAUUAAAUAUCUUAUUUAAUAUUCGGUGAACAACAGGGAUAAAAUAGGGCUACGUUCGCUUUGGCGCUCAUGUUACUUGUGAGCAUCAAUUGUCUUUGUUUAAUAUUUAAUAAGCAACAAAGAUGACGCUUAAAGCGAACACAGUCAAAAAGUUUGUUCGCGUCGCAUACUCCAACAUGCUCCAACAUGUUUCUACCAUAGUUCCAUAGUUUCUUCACUCUAACGAGCGCAUUUGAGUGAAUAGGAACUAUGAUUGGACGAAGUAGGAGCAUGUUUAAGCAUGGGAACAAACCUAAAAAGUAAAAUGUACUCGAAGACACGGCACGCGGUCAAUGUUUUCAAACAUAGCUUAUAUCAACAAUUCCAAAGCCUGCGGUACACGAUGCUUGUCUCCCUGCUGGAUUAGAAUCUUGCACCGUAUUGGCUGUCAGUGCCAGCAUCACAGCCAAUACGGUGCAAGAUUCUAAUCCAGCGGGGAAAGCAUCGUGUGUCGCAGGCCUAAUUACCGAGAGAUGGCAGUCAGUCCGCGAAGUGAUAAUAGUCUGAUACAGGCUUUAAGAAGUUUACAGCACUACCACUGUAUUGUGUGUAUCGGAUGCAUGUGUAUUGUGUAUAUCAUAUUAUUUCAAUAAGUGAUAUAUUUUUCAAGUUAGGAUGAAUCUCCCUCGUAUGACUAUCGCAUAUCAGCAAUUUUGUUUUCCUGCAAUGCAUUGCUUCGUGAGCAUACAUAACAAUUCCAUUAUAGAUAUAUCUGAUGAAUCGGAGGAUGAAUUGGCACGAAUUCGCGCACGAGCGAGGUUUCCAGAUACAACCAGAUUAGAGUAUGAUGCUUUUCAGAAAAACGACAUAAUCAGUGUCACCAAAAAUGCCUCAGGGGUCACUGACGAGAAGAACACGUCUAUAAUACCAAUAAUACAGAAGAGGGCCCUCAAACCAAAUGGUUUUAGUGUUAAAGAAAAACGUAGAAUAGCCAAUAAUCUUUUGCCGAAUAAGCCAGAGGCCUUACAUGACUUCGGUUCGAAAGUAUUCUGUGGUUUAUAUUCCAAGGAUGGAGAGUUCUUCGUCACUGCCACUCAAGAUAAAUGGAUGUAUAUAUAUCGGACGAACAAUGGUAAUUUUACCUUGUACAAUCAGAUGUUAGCGCAUGAUGUUGGAUGGAGUGUUCUGGAUGUAGCGUUUAGUCCGGACGGACAACAUUUUGCAUAUUCGAGCUGGGCGGAUUGUUUAUAUCAAUGUCAUAUAUCCGAUGAUUCGAUAGAAACACUACCUCUACAUCCAGGUGUACGACGAUUUUGCGUCUUUUCUUUAGCCUUUUCAAACAACGGCGAAGAAAUUCUUGGUGGCGCCAAUGAUCGAUGUCUCUACAUAUACAGUCUAUAUUGCCAACGUCGAUUCGAGCGAUUCAUAGGUCAUGAAGAAGAUGUAAACUGUGUUGGCUAUGCAGACAAUAGUUCACAAAUCUUCUAUAGUGGUGGUGACGAUGGAUUAUGCAAGGUAUGGGAUAGGAGAUUGGUAAACGUAUCUAAUCCAUCUCCAGUUGGAGUAUUGGCUGGUCAUAGAGACGGGAUUACAUACAUCGAUUCACGUGGCGACACACGGUAUCUUAUAACCAAUUCUAAAGACCAAUGCAUCAAGUUAUGGGAUACGCGCGUGUUCUCUUCUUGUAAAGCCCAGCAAAAUGCUCGCCAGCUUAUAGAGCGUCAAGAUUGGGACUAUCGAUGGCAGCCUGUACCUCAACGAUUAUGGGAUCGAGGUUUCUUAGACGGUGAUACUAGUAUCAUGACGUAUUAUGGUCAUUCGGUUCGUAAGACUUUGAUACGUUGUCGUUUUUCGCCGCCGAACAAUACUGGUCAAAGAUACAUUUACACGGGAGAUUCAACAGGACGGCUCAUUAUAUAUGAUCUUCUAACUGGAAAGAUAGUACACAAGGCAAAAGGUCACUUAGGCUGCGUGCGUGAUGUCAGCUGGCAUCCCUUUGAUCACAACUUUAUUACCUCAUCUUGGGAUGGUAAAAUAUGCAAAUGGAAAUAUUGUGAAGACUACAAUGCGAAUGAAUAUGAGCCACCUUUGCUACGACGGAGUGAGAGAAUAGCUGCAAGAAGAAGGGCGCAUGUUUUGAUAUGAGAUUUUCUAUUUUUCAGUUUUCUUUUUCUUUUUUUUUUUUUAAGCAAAUCUAAUGUUCACGAUUGCUUAGAAAGAAAGGAGAAUGAAGAAAACGCUAUCGAAAAUGAUCUUCUCUAGAUGUCCAUUUUUGACGCGAUUCUCUCUUAGGAACGCAAAUAGACAUUAUACAAGACUGAUUGAUGAACGCGAUUUUUCUAUUUGUCUCUGUCCAUGCUCGCAUAUUUCGCGGAAUUCUGGCUGCGAUUGUUUUCUUCGCAUUGACACAGAGUGAGAAUUACCAUUCGAUCUAUUUCAAAUUGAUUUGACACAAAUAAUCCAUUUAUGCGACACAGAGAGCUCUUCCUCCUUUCUUCUUCACGUUGUAAGCAUUUUAUGUCGCGAACAAUCUAGAUUUAGCCGUCUAGAUUUUAUGGAAUCUUUGAUAAGUCAUAUCUUAUCUCUUAUUAAAUGUAACUUUCAUUGAUUGCGA